UGUCUGACUAUCACGUGACGAGUUGUUGGUUGCUUGAGAUAGAAGUAGCUGGUCGCGACAUUGAGCUCCGUUGUGAAUGCAGUACAGUAUUAGCUGCCACUAACAGAAAAGAUGGUGGUGUAUAGUGCUAAAAACUAAAUGUUUGACAGUACAUGCUACGUGAGGUGUGACAGUUAUCCAGCCAGGUGGAGGAGCAGGUACAGUAGCUAUGUGGGUGUUCGGUUAUGGCUCUCUGAUCUGGAAGGUGGAUUUUCCCUAUGAGGAGAAGCGGAUCGGCUACAUUUUAGGCUUCAGCCGGCGCUUCUGGCAAGGCAGCACCGACCACAGGGGAGUGCCAGGCAAGGUGACGUAUCUAUCUGUAUGGAUGACUAGUGAAGGGAGUCCUGGCCGAGUCGUGACUCUGGUGGAGGACCCAGAGGGUUGUGUCUGGGGCGUGGCAUAUAAGCUGCCGUCUGGCCGAGAGCAGGAAGUGAAGUGUUUCCUUGACUACCGGGAGAAGGGCGGUUACCGUGUCAUCGCAGUGAACUUUCACCCCCGACCCUCCGUGACCCCCACACGACACACUGACACUCUCCCUGAACCCAGCCAGGCUCUGCUCUACAUCGGUUCUAAUGACAGCCCUGACUACCUGGGUCCCGCCCCCCUGGAGCUGAUAGCCAAUCAGAUUGUAGAUGCUGUCGGACCAAGUGGACGGAACACUGAAUACCUGUUUUCAUUGGCUGAGGCGCUGAGGACUCUCCUCCCUGAAGACUCAGACACACACCUCUUCUCUCUCGAAGACCUGGUUAGAGAGAGACUAGCACACACACUUACUACAUGUGUGUCAGUAAACCAUCGCAGGGAUGCUGUAGAUUGUCAGUCAUGUGAUUGUCUCCAGGACCAUUCAGAGCUGGGUUAAGGUUAGGGUUAGGACCGUUCAAAGCUGGGUUAGGGUUAGGACCUUUCAAAGCUGGGUUAGGGUUAGGACUGUUCAGAGCUGGGUUAGGGUUAGGACUGUUCAGAGCAGGGUUAGGGUUAGGACCGUUCAGAGCUGGGUUAAGGUUAGGACUGUUCAGAGCUCGGUUAGGACUGUUCAGAGCUGGGUUAGGGUUAGGACUGUUCAGAGCUGGGUUAGGGUUGGGACUGUUCAGAGCUAGGGUUAGGGUUGGGACUGUUCAGAGCUGGGUUAGGGUUAGGACUGUUCAGAGCUGGGUUAGGACUGUUCAGAGCUGGGUUAGGGUUAGGACUGUUCAGAGCUGGGUUAGGACUGUUCAGAGCUGGGUUAUGACUGUUCAGAGCUGGGUUAGGGUUGGGACUGUUCAGAGCUGGGUUAGGGUUAGGACUGUUCAGAGCUGGGUUAGGGUUAGGACUGUUCAGAGCUGGGUUAGGACUGUUCAGAGCUGGGUUAGGGUUGGGACUGUUCAGAGCUGGGUUAGGACUGUUCAGAGCUGGGUUAGGACUGUUCAGAGCUGGGUUAGGGUUAGGACUGUUCAGAGCUGGGUCAGGGUUAGUAGAAUAUGUACCAAACCUGCCAGGUCAGUGUUACUUUUUGCGGCGUUCAAAACAACUGGGAAUUCGAUAAAAAACGAGCUCUGACUGGGGAGAAAUCGAUUUGAACGGUCAUCCAACUCGGGAACUCGGGCCUCUUUCUAGAGCUCACUGACGUCAUGAUUUGACCUUAUAUUUUUACAAAUUCCCAGUAGUUUUGAACGCGGCAUUAGUCCUAUCUCUAAGGACUGGUUUACUGUUCGAGAUCUCUCACUUUCCAGCGAUGUCAUUUAAACCUGUCUCACGCUCCAGUGAUGUCAUUUAAACCUGUCUCACGCUCCAGUGAUGUCAUUUAAACCUGUCUCACGCUCCAGUGAUGUCAUUUAAACCUGUCUCAUGCUCCAGUGAUGUCAUUUUAAACACUUGUCUCAGUCUCCAGUGAUGUCAUAUUAAAUAGCUGUCUCACUCUUCAGUCCAUAUAGACAGGUUGGUUAUUUAGCAACAAAACUGACGCAUUGAGGUAGUAUGUACAGUUGAAGUCGGAAGUUUACAUACACUUAGGUUGUAGUCAUUAAAACUUGUUUUUCAACCACUCCA